CAGGUUGAAGUAUGAACCAGUAUAAAAAGAGGAAAAGUCGAUGAAUAGAUCUCAGUCAUUGGCAGAACCCAAGACAGGCAAAUCAGCCAGGCUGAAUUAUUGGACAGAACAAUGAAGCUGUUGGUCUUGGCUUUAGCUGUGGCUCUGCUGUUUACAGCAGGUGACGCCCUGAGCUGCCACCGCUGUGUCCCCAGAAAGGCCGGAGGAACCUGCGAGCUCACUGCAGAGACUUGUAAACCAGAGAAGGAUGGCUGUGCUGCUGCCAGGUUCCUCAGAGAACCACAUGGCCAAUACCAGAAAUGUAUGGCUCUGUCAGACUGCGAAAUGCUGAAGAUGAAUGCCUACAUCGAUAUAAAGUGCUGCAGCGAUGACAUGUGCAACACCUUUUAAAAUUCAAGAUAAAAAUUCAAGAAUUUUACAAUGUAUUGGAGUGCAUUCAUCCCCGCGUGACUUCUGCAGACUGCAGCUGCUGAAGACAGCUCCCAGGUGUGAGCACAUACAUGAUUUUUUUUUUUAGAAAAAAAAGGAAGAAAAAGAAAAUAAACACUGUAAACCCCUUGCCCUUGCAAAUAAAAGAGUUUGAAAAA